UAUGUCCAUGAAUUUAUGUAGUAGUCGAAGAUACAUUAAAGAAUACCAUGAUACUAUUUUGAAUAUAUGAUUUUAAUCAUGACAUUAAAAAAUUAAGUAGGCCUAUGUGGAAAAAUAACGGCAGUCGGAACCAUUUAUCGCAGGGCGUUGUUUCACUCGGUGAGCAUCUUCGCUGACGGAACUGAAUGUUGCAGAUUGUAAACAUGCGGGAUGUCGGGCCCUGGGGAAGGACGUCCUGGUGCCACAUUGCAUUUAUCACUCUCUGAAUUACUGCCUUACAGACUGCAGUGAUUUAAUUGAGACACUCGUCUGAAUGAGGGGACACUUGUUCUAGACAGCACUGUUUGUACUCCCCUUACCCAGUGCUGAUACUGAUAGCUGGCAUGGCUGUCAGUUCUCAUUAGGUUCUUGAUUAACAACAUUGACUCAUAAAGUGACAGUCCUGGAAGGGGUUCAGGCCUUUGUGGACCAUCUGUUUUGCUACAGUUCUUUUUGGGUUCAGACAGCAGAUGUUUCGUCUUUGGUGCCCUCAGGCCUUUCGAUCCUGCCGUGUCUACCCUCACACACGUAAGGAAUCGGUCCGUCCGCUCCACCCCCCUGCUUCCUCUGUGUCGCCAAAACUGUCAAGGUGAUGGAGGGUCUGGAGGUUGAGGACAUAAGCCCCGCCCUCGAGGCCACUGAGGACUACUUGCACUGCCUCGAUGACAAUCAAGGAGAUGGCCAGGUACGUCCGCCCAAGCAUAAAGAGGCCUCCACCUUGGACAAGUUAAACUCCAGUGGGGUGUGGGGGCUCCUGACAGGAAAGCAAUCUGAGAUAUCACCCAGAAGUAUGGCCUGGGCAGAGCAGACAUCUUUCACCGUGCUUGGCCUGCGACAUGGAAGAAGGAACCGGGCAAGAUCCACCAACGAUUUGGCAGCUCAUGCCAAAGAAACAAACUCUACCACCAAUACAUGCAGCGGUGGCUUCAAACGUGGCCACAACCGCUCCCGUUCAGACGUCAACAACCGCUCUUACACCGAUAAUGGCAUGCCUGCCAUUGACAAAAAUACACUCAAGAACAUGGCACUGAAUGACCACAGAGAUGCUCAUAAGGAAAGCAGCCCUAGCCUGGUGAAGCAGGGAACUCUGGAGCAGAGAGAGGGUCCGUGGGGACGCUGGACCUCCUGUCAUGUGGAGCUUACACCCUGUGAGCUGCGUCUCUACAGCUUGGACAGCAGCGGCAACCAGCAGCUAUGUGCCGCCCUCUCGCUGUCCCACUGCCAAGGAGUCAGCACGCCCCAGCCGCAGGAUGGACGUGUACUGCAGGCUGUCUUCUUCAACAGCACUCGUGUGCAGUUACGCGCAUCCUGCCAGUGGGAGGCACUGGAGUGGCGUAGACUCCUCUGGGAACGCGUCUUGGCUGCCCGUCCAGCCAAUCGUAAAGGGGAGCUGGCCCAUGCCAACUCCCCUGCCCCUCACAAACCCCAUCCAGAUGCGGUGACGGCGCCAGUCCCUCGAACCCUGGUACGUCCCACGGCCCUACCACUGUUCACCCAACACUGUGCUGAUGUUCUUAAAGCUGGCCUUCUGCACCAACUCACCGACCUCAACAACUGGAGGGCCUUCACGUUUGUACUGAGCCGCACAGAGAUGCAGGCCUUUCCGACAGAGGGAAGAGGCCCAGUGUCGGAGCCAGUGUUCAGGUACCCGCUGGCCUCCUGUCUGGCUGUGCAGCGGGAUGAUGAAGACGGAGAAACCAGCUCCCGCUUCCAGGUGGUCUUCCCUGAUGAUGUGCUGUGCUUGCGGGCAGAGAGUGAGUCCAAGGCCCAGGACUGGGUGGAGGCAUUGCACACGGCAGUGACAGCUCAGCGACCACAGUGGGAGAAUAACCAUGUGGUGAUGAGGAGUAAGCCAGUCAGGGAGCAACGCCACUUGGAGGCCCAGAGAGCUAAACGGCAGUCUGUCACCACUAGCUUUCUAAGCAUCAUUACCUGUCUGGCUGUGGAAAAGGGUCUCACGGUUCAGAGCUUCCGAUGUGCAGGAUGUCAGAGGCCAGUGGGUCUGUCACGGUGCGAGGCAGGAGUUUGUUUUUUCUUAGGGUGGUUUUUAUUACUGAGUUGUUUGUAGGAAGGAAAAUCUUUUUCUUAUAUUGUUGUUUUGCUGCACAACUGGGACACUAACAAACAUAAGGUGUCAAAGCAAGCAAAAGAGUUUCUGGAGUUUGUUUACGAGGAGCCCCUGUUAGAUGUCCAGCAGUUGAACCCGUGUCUGUAUGAGCAUUGUGAGGCGUUGGGGGCCGUUCUCAAACUGAGACAGCAGCUCCAGUCUCUCAGGGCUUACCUCUUCAGCUGUCGGGCCACAGUGGCAGAAGACCUCCGCCGCAGGAUCUUUCCGAGAGAAUACCUGUUACAGCAUGUGCACCUCUACUCAUUGGCAGAUCUGCAGCAGGUCAUCGAUGGAAAGCUUGCUCCCUUCCUCUCUAAGGUGAUUAAGUUUGCCAGCUCUCAUGUCUACAGCUGUAGUCUGUGCCGGGAGAAGGGCUUCAUCUGUGAGCUCUGCCACACUGGCCAGGUCAUCUAUCCUUUCCAGGAAAAUGCCACCAAAAGGUGCGAGGGCUGCGGUGCGGUCUUCCAUGCCGAGUGCCGGAUGCGAGCCCAGCCUUGCCCGCGAUGUGUGCACAGAGAACUGCACAAGACGUCGGCGUCAUUCUGGAAGAGGCACGGCCCUCACGACAGCCCUGAUGACGAGGUGCUGGACUGCUUUGAGCUGGACACCUGAGACGGUUUAUCGAGAGCGGUGCCGAGCAUACUGGACUAAUAAAAAAGUCCAAGUGCUGCUGCAUCCAACAAGGACAAGAUUCCAUGCUCCCUUGGUUGAAGUGCUCCGUGAAAACCAAGAAACAGUGGCAUUUUUAUUUUUUUUGUUCUCCCUCACCUGAGAGAGAUGGGCACAGAGACAAUAAUUCAGCUCCCGAAGAGCAGAGUCUUCAUAAUGAUACCAAUUUACCCUUUCCUUUCAUCUACCAAAUGACAGCCAGGGCCAACUGACAAAUACAGGCAAAGUACGCUCACACACUUGCACAUAAACACACUCUUACCGACAGAUGUAAAAUAAUGCACUUUCUGGCAGACUCACAAUCCAAGAGCGAUGAUUCAAACCAAUUUCUGGACACAAAUAGAGCUUCUAAUCCAUUAAUGGUUCAGUGAAAAUGAGCGCUGCAAGAUUCGGUUUCCCUUCACGCAGUAGUUAACCUACAAUGCUGAAGACCCUUGAUCUCGAGCGCGUGAAGACUGAACAUAAAGAUAAACAUCCUUAGAACAAAAAUAGCUUUUUUUUGGGUUCACAUGUUUGCAUUUUUGCACUUCACAUUUAUGAUUUGUCCCUAAAUUUCUGUUUUUGUUUUUUUCUUAUAACAAGUUCAUUGCACUUUCAGUCACAGCAUCUUACUCCUCAGCUUUCAGCUUUGGUUUGCAUUGUACUGUGAAGAAGGAUCGAUGUCUUGUCCCAUCCACCUGAGCUGGAGUUUAAAAAGUUUGACUGUUUAUCAACACUCAAUGGCUCUGCCUAUAAGCAGCUGAACCACGUUGUUCUUGCUAACCGCCUGCUCCAUGAUUACAAACUACCCUGGGCCACCAAGCCCCGAAAUUACAGUCUAGAGUUCCAGGGCUUUGUUUAGCAUUCAUACGUCUUUUUAACAAGAAACGUAAAGAAAACCCGCUGUGGACAAGCUCAUAAUUCAUGUCCAUCUAACCUCUGCUUUGGAUCCUCGCUGCCUCUCUGCGUUCAUAUUAUGUUUUCUUGCUACUUGAACUUAGUAUUGGCAAUAAAGUCACUUGUUUUACUUUCGCUGCCUUAUUUGACUUCCCAUUCUUUGGCCAGACCUGUCUUUCUCCAGUUGGACAAUAUGUGCACAGUGCUCAAAAAAAAAAAAAAUCCCUGUUGUAAACGUAGCAUGCUGACUGACAUUUUGAAUCCUUCAAAUCCUGAAUAUCACUAUUAUCUAAUUUCCCCAUUUUCUUUUGUUCUUCAGUUUUUUUCCCCUUCUAUAAGCAUACAGAAAAUAGCAGUGGGCAUCUCUUCCUGGACACCUCACCAGCAAACAGAAACCUCAGAUAUAAAUCAAAUUCAGCUUUACGGAUAUAAAACAACUGGAACUACCUGCACAUUCAAAAACUAGUUACUGGUCCUACUGGACUUACGCUUGAUGUUUGACACUGCGAGGAGCCGUCUGCUGAGAUUUACAUCAUUACUGGCCGACAGUGUCACUUAUUGAACUCUCUGAGAUGGGUUUAGGUCAACAUACAUAUCAUUUGGUACCAUGUUACAUUUUGUUUUAUGAGAAAAUGUGUUAAUUCCAUUGAGCUUAUGUUUUGCACCAAGAAGUUUACUUCUGAAUGAGAUUCUGUCUUAGUUUACGUAUGGUUGGUGUGUGAUAGGACAAUGUAGAUGGAUGGAUGAUCGUGUUAGCUGUUCAGGAUAUUUGGUUCUAUUUAUUGAAUCUGUGUCUUUUUGCCUGCCUUAAACUUAAAGCCAAUGCAUCGGCCUGUUGAUGUUCUUCAGUUAGCAAGCUAAAGUCACUCGAAAAAUGUUUCAGUAUUUAUUAAACUAAUCAGAAUAUCAGACUAUAGAAUAUAUUAUAUAAUUGUUUUUUGAAGGCGAAGACCUUUACUUACCUUAAGGAAUUACCCCGCAAUCUGACGAUCUUGUUUUCCCAUAAAAGAACUCAUCAUUUUACCAUUUUAAGCUUGAACUGAGCUAAAUGCACCAUGCUUUACAUGAUACUAUAAGAUGUAAUGGUGUUUGUUGGCUUUGAAAGUUCGAUGUAUUAUGUUACAUUGCAUUAUCCGCACUGUUCUUUAAAUCAGGGAUUCUUAACACACUGAAUAAUGGUCAUGGAGGGACAAACAAAAAGGGAACUCAGUGGAUGUACUUGAUGGAUAUCUUUUGUUCUUUCAGUACACAGAGUCUUUUAUUACAGUCUUUUAUUUUCAUAUUUGUUGAUGGUGUAAUGGAAGUUUCUUUAUCUGCCAUCAUGUUGUUCUCAGUUGUAUAUUUACAUAUCAGUUUUCUUUCCAAAGUAUUUAUUGUAUUUAUAUUCUUUACUGUAAUUUCUAUAUCAGUUUCUGGAUUUUCCCUGUGCUUUCUUGUAUUCUGGAAACUCUUCAUUACAGACGACCUCUUAUGCAACUACAAAUAUUUGUGUUUCAGUACAGGUGCGGGUUCCUUCCAGUUUUUCUCUUUUAUUUUCCUUUUUUUUUACCACUGUUGCCAAUAAAGUAAAUUGCUUAAUA